AUGAUCCUUUCCCUAUAUUUCGGUUUAGCUACCAUUACUGCGAGCUUAGCAUCGCCUGUAUCCCAACCUCUUCCCACGGCCAUCAUCGAUUCCGGGGUGAUUGUCGGAACAACAACAUGCCUACCUUCCUCUACUGCCGUCGUCAGACAAUACCUUGGAGUUCCAUUCGGUGCGCCACCCGUCCGCUUCAGCCCUCCUGAACCGGUUGCACGCUGGUCGACGUUCUACAAUGCAACACAAUGGGGAACAGCCUGCAUCCAACAGAUUGGUCAUAGCGGCAAGGAACUCUUUGGCAUGCUAGACCUACCACCUCCGGCAAAUGGAGAGGGAGAAGACUGCCUGAAUCUCAAUGUCUUCACCCCGGAAGCUGCGUCGGCGGGAUCUAAGGCUGUUCUUGUUUGGUUCUAUGGAGGGUCGUACAUGAAUGGUGCUACGUCUGUCAAUCUAUAUGACGGCACUAGCUUCGCAGCCAAUCAGGAUGUCGUGGUAGUUACUGUGAAUUAUCGGACUAACUUCUUUGGAUUCCCUGGAGGAGACGUUCCGGCCACGGAGCGAAACCUUGGCUUCCUGGACCAACGUCUCGCCCUAGAUUGGGUGCAGCGCAACAUCGCCGGGCUAGGCGGCGAUCCAUCUAAGGUAACCAUCUUCGGCGAGAGCGCGGGAGGUGGUAGUGUCGAUGCUCUGAUCACGGCUCCCCCAGACCCAGUUCCAUUUCGUGCAGCAAUUAUGCAGUCCGGCCAGAGUUCCAUCAGUAUGCCCUUAAAUGGCGGAGCCGAGAAAUACGCGGAGUCGUGGAAGAAGUUGGCAGAGUUUGCAGAGUGCCCUUCGGAUAAUACUCUCGAGUGUCUCCGGAAGGCACCUGCUCUUGAGCUGAAGCAGUUCGCUGAGAACGCCAGUCUCUCUUUCGGCCCAGUUCCUGAUGGCGGCGUUGCUUUGUCUGCAACACCUCGUCUCGAUCGGCUCUACUCAUCAGAGGGAAAUUCUUCCAUCGCUCGCGUCCCCAUUCUCAUCGGGAACAAUGCCGACGAACCCAAGCCUUAUAUCCGAGGUGUCAAUGACACGAAGGCUUACCUAGAGACACUUGGUCUCGGCGAAUACGUUGACAUGAUUUUGGAGGUGUACCCGUUGGGACAACCAGGGGCCCACAACGAGAACGACCGACUCUCUCUCAUCGCUACCGAUCUGCUCAUGCAUUGUCCCUCCAAGGUCCUCGCCGAUGACAGCUCCAAAAUCGGUAUUCCUUCAUAUAGGUACUUUUUCAACGCCAGCUUCCCGAACAACGAGGCCUUCCCGGGAAGCGGGGCGUUUCAUGCUGCCGAAAUUGAGUUCGUGUUUGGUACUUAUCCAAAGGAAAAUGCCACUCAGUUUGAGCAUGAGGUAAGCCAGGCCAUGCAGAAGGCGUGGGCAGACUUUGCGAAGGAUCCAAGCCAAGGUCCCGGAUGGGGUGAGGGGCCUAUGAUUGGCGUAUUUGGCGAUGGAGUUAAGGCUGGGAUGAGUGAUGAGGGAAAGAAAGCUUUGGCUGCAGUUGAUUCUGCGAUCAUGGAUAGGAGAUGUGAGCUUUAUAAGCCGUUAUAUGAUCAGCUGGUACUUUCUAGCUCUUCAUAG